GGGCUGGCCCUUGCUAAUGAGCAAGUUGGCAAGGCGAGACAGGAACUUCAUUCUCCUCUGUGUCAGGAUCCCAGAAAUUAUGCCCCUUCUCUCACCAUGAACUGGCUCUCGAGUUCCUCGGGGGUUGUGCUAACUGCUUACCACCCCAGUGGCAAGGACCAGGUCGUUGGGGACAGCCAUGCAAAGGGAGGCGACGAAGCCACCUCCAGUCGCAGAUGUGGCCAAUACUCCAUAAACCAAGAAAGCUCCACCAAAGUUUCCGAAAGACCUCCAUUUGAUCGAUCAAGUUCUCAGGAUUCUUUGGAUGAAGUAUCAAUGGAAGCGUAUUGGACAGAACUAGAAAACAUCAAGAGGUCAAAUGAAAAUCGCCAAGAAAGUCAAGAGGCCAUAGUUGUCAAAGAGCCUGAUGAGGGAGAACUGGAAGAAGAAUGGCUCAAAGAGGUGGGUCUGUCCAAUCUUUUUGGGGAGUCUGCUGAUGACCCACAGGAAAGCAUCGUGUUUUUAUCUACGCUGACUCGGACUCAGGCAGCAGCUGUUCAGAAAAGGGUAGAAACGGUCUCCCAGACCUUGAGGAAGAAAAACAAACAACAUCACAUUCCUGACGUCAGAGACAUAUUUGCUCAGCAGAGAGAGGCACAAGGAAAAUCUCCAGAUGACUCAGAUUUGCAGUCAGUUGGAACAAACGAAAACAAAGGCCAAGGAAAAGACGACCAGCCAUCUAGUGGGGCUGUUGAUAGUAAGGAGCUGAUCUCAUGGGUGCCUGAGGACAUCCCAGCCUCUGAAACAGACAUCAAUCUGGAGGUGUCAUUUGCGGAGCAAGCUGUCAAUCAGGAAGAGUUCAGUAAGGAGAGGACGCAGAAGAUCAAAGGCAAUGAUUCCUUGCCCAGUUUCAGACUGCCAAAAGAUAAAACAGGUACAACAAAGAUUGGAGACUUGGCACCCCAAGACAUGAAGAAAGUUUGCCAUCUAUCUCUGAUUGAACUUACUGCCCUGUAUGAUGUGUUGGGUGUGGAACUCAAACAACAGAAAGCUGUGAAAAUCAAAACCAGAGACUCUGGUCUUUUUGGUGUUCCUUUAACAAUAUUGUUAGAACAAGAUCAAAGAAAAGUGCCUGGAACAAGAAUACCCUUGAUCUUUCAAAAACUGAUUUCUCGAAUUGAAGAAGGUGGUCUAGAAACCGAGGGCCUCCUACGGAUACCAGGAGCAGCCAUGAGAAUCAAGAAUCUUUGCCAAGAACUAGAAGCGAAGUUUUAUGAGAGGACUUUCAACUGGGAAAGUGUCAAACAGCAUGAUGCGGCCAGCCUGCUGAAGCUCUUUCUGAGAGAACUGCCCCAGCCACUACUGAGCAUGGAGUAUCUCAAAGCCUUCCAGGCUGUCCAGAAUCUUCCAACAAAAAGGGAACAAUUGCAGGCUUUGAACCUCCUUGUCAUCCUUCUACCUGAAGCAAACAGAGACACACUGAAGGCCUUGCUUGAAUUUCUCCAAAGAGUCAUAGAUAACAAAGAGAAGAACAAGAUGACAGCUGUGAAUGUAGCAAUGGUCAUGGCCCCGAAUCUCUUCAUGUGCCACACACUGGGCUUGAAGUCCAGUGAACAGCGAGAAUUUGAAAUGGCAGUUGGGACAGCAAAUGUCAUGCACUUAUUGAUUAGGUACCAGAAACUUUUAUGGACAAUCCCUAAAUUUAUUGUAAACCAAGUGAGGAAGCAGAAUACUGAGAAUCAAAAGAAGGAAAGGAAAGCCAUGAAGAAAUUGCUGAAGAAAAUGGCUUAUGACCGGGAAAAGCAUGAAAAGCAAGAUAAAACUGCAAAUGGUGCUGACGUUCCUCAGGGAGUGAUUCGAGUGCAAGCUCCCCAUCUUUCAAAAGUUUCCAUGGCAAUACAGCUAACUGAAGAACUAAAAGCCAGCGAUGUGCUUGCCAGGUUUCUCAGCCAAGAAAGUGGGGUUGCCCAGACACUCAAGGAAGGAGAAGUUUUCCUGUAUGAAAUUGGAGGAAAUAUUGGUGAACGUUGCCUCAAUGAUGAUACGUACAUGAAGGACUUGUACCAACUGAACCCAAAUGCUGAGUGGGUCAUAAAAUCCAAGCCAAUGUAGAUAACUACCCCAAGGAUAGACAUGUCAUCAUUCUUGCUGGGUCAAGAGGGUAAAUAAAAGUAACAGGUUUCUUAACUAUUCAGCUGUACCCAAUUAUUACAAAGUGACACCCUCAAGUCUUAAAAAUAUAGACUUUUUUGUGGCUUCCACAAUUAUUGUUGUUAUUAUUAGAAAACAAAUAUUUUUGGAGUAAGAAAAAAGAGGCUUAAUAAGUUUGUGGGCUGUUUAUGCACAAUUUAAAAUGUGUUCAUAUGUGAUAGCUUUCUUUUGUAUGAAAUAAUUUCUCUACCACUUUUUUUUUUCUUUUUAGUACUAGGUAUUGAAUGAGAACUUGGUUCAUAGUGGGCAAGUGCUUUAGGACACCUAGUGAUAUCCCCAGCAGAUGAAAUACUCUUUACUUAUAGAUUUACUAAUAGAGUUUUGGGUUAAUUACACUUUAAGAAUGUUGUCUCCCCUUUCUUACCUCUCCCUACUUACCUUCCCUUGAUGAAAUUUGCUUUUUAACCAGAAAGAGAUAGUUAAUAACAGGUAUGGAAAGCUAUGAAGGCAAAGAUAACUCAGCAGUAUUCUUGUUACUAUGGAAUGUUAGUAUUCAUGGCUUCUAAUCAUCUGUCUAAACAAUGCAGGCAGUUGGGUUUUGAGCUUAUAGGAAUUAUUUGCACAAAGCUGUAUCCAUCAUCAAGACCCAGCCUGCCAGGACCUUCUAAUUAUCACCAAAGCAUUAAAUGUUUAAACACUCAGGAGAAACAAUAUGGAGCCACAUGGACUAACUGAGUCAUCUAUGAGCACAAUGGGAAAAGCCAGAUCACUUUGUGUGUACAACACUCUUUCACAUAGAAUCUGAAAAGUCACAUAUCAAGUUUCUUGGCAACAUUAUACAGACCAUGAUAGUAUAACCUGGAACAAUUGGAGAAUACAUUAUAAAAUGCUACUUUCCCUCCUGCCAGAAUGAGUCUUCAGAGAGUGACAAUCAUUUAUGUGAAGAAGGUUUUGCCAGUGUUUGUAUUUUAAAGAAUCUGAGUCAGUUUGUUCAGAUGCUGUGGAAAGUAUUAUCCCCAAGGCUUUUUCGUGCACAGACCACACUGUGACAGAACAUGGACCUCUGCUGUGAAUAAGAGAAAUGAAAUAAGAGCAAUGUUCACUAUUUUAUAAGGGUAGAGUGUCAUUGAUGAAAGGUGGUAUGUGUGGAUGAAGCACCGGAGUAUUGAUGACACUGUAGUUCUUUGGGGGAAGCCAUGUACACAUCCUCAGAAGCUCUCGAUGCCAUUCAAGGAAGGAAAGUGUUGUUUAUGAGAACAGGGAAGUGUUGACCAUACAAUAGUGAGAGCGUCUUGUGGAUGGGCGCUUUGGCAGUGCCAGGAAUGGGUGCUUUGGUUAUGCCAUGGGGAUUCGUGCCAUUGCUUUUUGUACUUAAAAUAAUGUUAUAAUUAAAUGACUUUUUCUAAGCAA